AUGACCAAAACUGUUUUAGAAAAUAUUGUUCAGGAAACUAUAACUUCUAAAUAUUUCUCAAUUAUCAUAGACUCUACACCUGAUAUAUCAAAAGUUGAUCAACUUACAGUUGCAAUAAGAUAUAUACUACCAGACGGUUCACCUGUUGAACGUUUUUUGGGAUUUUUACCUUCCGUUGGGCAUAAAGCAAAAGAUAUGGAAUUGGCUAUACUUCACUUUUUUUCUGAUCUUGGAAUUGACAGGAAAAACUGUAGAGGACAGAGUUAUGACAAUGCUCAAAACAUGUCUGGAAUUUAUAAUGGAUUACAAUCCCGCAAAAAAAGCUCUUCUACUGCUGAAUUUGUGCCAUGUUCAGCGCACUCACUGAAUUUAGUUGGUACAUUUGUAGCUGAAGAGACUAGUGUGAGUAAUCGGGUUUUUAUGACCACUCAAAGUUUUUAUAUUUUUUUUUCUGGUUCUACAUCACGUUGGAAGAUCUUAGAAAAUAAACUUUAUUCUAUUCCUAAUUCAACAUUGCUUAAAAAUGUAUGUCCUACAAGAUGGUCAUCAAGAUAUUUUGUUUGCAAGUCAAUAAAAAAUGGUUAUAAAAAGAUUGUUGUUGCAUUACAAAAUAUAUCAGAAGAUGUAAGUCAGAGGCCUGCUGUAAGACAUAAAGCAUUAGCUCUAUUCAAAAAAAUUAAAAACCUAGAAUUUACAUUCAUGUAA